UAUUAAAAUGAAUCAUAGUCUGAAAAUCCAUUCAGCAUUGAUAAAAAUAUUACAAGGCACAACUUAAUCAAAAGCUUUAUUUUUUUUGAACAAGUUAGAGUGACAUAAUACAUCCUUCCUGCACAGCACAUCCAUUAUCUUGUUGAUGCCAUUUCCAGGUGAAUUUAUAAACUUAAGGCCUAUAUAAUGAAAAUAAAAAAUUUGAAAUACAAUGAUGGUUACUGCAGUGUUAUGCAUCUGAUACACAUGGAUUACUCUGGUACAUUCACAUUUCAACACCAUAAAGUUUAGACUUUGUAUUAGUGACCAUCGUGUGUUUUGUAAGAAAUCUGAGUUUAGGGAAGUAGCUGCAGUUUGAGGAAGUGCCUGCUGUCACUCUUAAUAUCCAGUCUAUCGCUGUUGGUUCUCAUAGUACAACAAACAAGUCACAGGACAACACACACAGGCUUUAGCGUUCUUUAGACUAACUUCACAAUGGCCAGAAGGUCCUUCAUAUACAUCAAUCCAGCUGUUAGGGCAGCACGUCAGCGUAGACGACACAGUGAUAAUUCAGAUUUAUUUGCAAUGAUUGAGCAGAUGCAGAACAGCAGAAUGGAUGAGCAGAGAAGCACACUUCCACCUCCUCUUAAAACAGAAGAAGAUUAUAUUCCGUAUCCAAGUGUUCAUGAGGUGCUCGGACGUAAAGCCCCAUUUCCACUGAUUCUGUUGCCUCAGUUUGGUGGUUACUGGAUUGAGGGAACCAAUCAUGAGAUUUGUACCAUCACAGCAGAGGAGGAGCCACCCUCAUGUCCAACAUCCCAGAUUAAACUGGAGAGUAAUACCAUAGCCAAAAUAUACAGGAAACAUUUCUUGGGCAAGGAGCACUUUAAUUAUUACUCUGUGGACACAGCGCUGGGCCACCUUGUCUUCUCAGUGAAGUAUGACGUGAUUGGGGACCAAGAGCACCUCCGAUUACUGCUUAGGACAAAGUGCAAAACCUACCAUGAUGUGAUACCCAUUUCUUGCCUGAAUGAGUUCCCCAAUGUGGUACAAAUGGCAAAGCUUGUGUGUGAAGAAGUAAAUGUGGACAAACUUUAUCCAGUCCUCUAUCCAAAGGCUUCCAGGCUCAUCGUAACUUUUGAUGAACAUAUCAUACGCGACAACUUCAAGUUUGGAGUCAUCUAUCAGAAGUUUGGGCAGACAUCAGAAGAGGAGCUCUUUGGGAACAGUGAGGAGAGUCCAGCCUUUAUUGAGUUCCUGGAGUUUUUGGGGGAGAAGAUUGAGCUACAAGAUUUUAAAGGGUUUCGUGGGGGUCUGGAUGUUACACAUGGGCAGACGGGAACAGAGUCGGUGUACCACAAGUUCCACAACAAGGAGAUUAUGUUCCAUGUGUCCACCAAACUACCCUACACUGAAGGAGACUCACAGCAGCUGCAGAGGAAGAGGCAUAUAGGAAAUGACAUUGUGGCUAUCGUGUUUCAAGAGGAAAACACACCGUUUGUACCAGAUAUGAUUGCAUCCAAUUUCCUGCAUGCUUAUGUGGUGGUGCAAGUGGAGAAUGCCUGCACAGACAAUGUCCUUUACAAGGUAUCAGUGACUUCAAGAAAUGAUGUGCCUUUCUUUGGGCCUGCUCUCCCAGACCCAGCCAAUUUCAGAAAAAGUCCAGAGUUCCACGAGUUCCUCCUGACAAAACUCAUCAAUGCUGAGUAUUCCUGCUAUAAGGCUGAGAAGUUUGCUAAGCUGGAGGAGAGAACACGCUCUGCACUGCUGGAAACAUUGUACGAGGAGCUGCAUGUGAACAGCCAGUGCAUGAUGGGAUUGGGAGGAGAUGAUGAAAAACUGGAGAAUGGAGGAGGAGGUGGAGGUGGAGGUUUCUUUGAGUCUUUUAAGAGAGUAAUUCGCAAUCGGAGUCAGUCUAUGGACGCUAUGGGCCUAAGCAACAAGAAGCCCCACACUGUCUGUACCAGCCACAGCGGCAGCUUUACCCAUAAUUCCCCAGAUAUCCCCAAAACCCCCGGGAUUUCUCUGAUCAUUCCCGGUAAGAGCCCGACACGAAAAAAAUCGGGUCCGUUUAGUUCCAGGAGGAGCAGUGCAAUCGGCAUUGAGAACAUUCAGGAAGUCCAAGAGAGAAGUAGGGAGGUGUCUCCCAGUGCGCAAAAGAUACCCGAUGGUGGCCAUGCCUUGCACGAGCCAAAUACUGACUUUUCCAAUCACAGUUCACCUGAUAUGCCUACUACCAGGACUAGUGCGUCCCUAAUCUGUAGAGCCCCCUCCAUUCCGGAGACCCACAGUCUGUCGAGGUCCUCGUCCAAUGCCAGCAGCUUCACAAGUGUGGUGGAGGAGAACGACCAUGAGCAUGAGGCUACGGAUGAUUAUGACACAGGACUGGAAAGUCUGUCUUCUGCUGGUACCCCUCACAAGCGGGACUCAUUCACAUACACCAGUAGUUGGUUUGAUGAAAGUCUAAGCAGCACUAGCCAACGCAGCCCACCAGCUGUCUCUCGUCAGCUGUCUGACCCCAUUCGGCCCAGAACACAACGACAACAUUCUGCUUCAAACUGCUAGACCUUUUCGUCCAGAUAUCUUCAUGAAUGUCCAUCGGCAGUACUCCCAUAGGCAGCUCCUAAAGAAACCAACGCCGGCUCCUGUAGAGACCCGCUGCAGAAGGAGAGCUGUCAGUCACAGGGCCUGUUGCCACAAAUUUCUUCUUUUUAGGGCUUGCACCAUUUUGUUUGCACCAUGCGACUGAACCUGCUUUUCAGCAUGCCUUUAGGCCUAAGCAGGUUAAGAUUGCUGUCUGUUAAACAGAUGCCAAUAGUAACAGGAGUGCAUUUUUAUGAUUAUUUGUCUGCCUGCAAAACCAGUAAAUGGUGUUACGGCUUUAACCAGAAAUAAUAUACCUUUUAUGACAUUAUUUUUGUUUUUAUCUGUCUGUCACUCAUUUUGUGUUUUCUGUGUCAUUAAGCACAACACAGAUUACUGGUGGCUCUAAUUUUGUCUACUUCUUGUUGGUGUGUAUUUAUUUAUUCAGAAUCGUAACAGCAGGCAGUCUGUCACUCACAGGGACACAGCAGCCUAAGGAAAAUGACAUCCUAACAGAAUUAUUCAAAGAUUCAAACAAGUACAACAGAACUGAACAUAUUUUUGUGCAACAAAACACACAUGUAUGAACACAUACAGCAGUGCACCAGAAUUGUACGUAAGCUGUUCUCUUCUCUUUUUUUUUAACAAAAGUACAUUUUGUAUUAUUUUCAUCAGUUUUGUGAUUUUGUGAAUAUAUAAAUGUUAUUUGCUGUUAAUUGAAAUGACUUGUGCUGGAAUAUACAAAUCAUUUACUAUCUUGACAGGUGAGUAAUUGUUUCUAACAAGUAAUGCUAUGUAUAAUAAGUUAUACUAUUUAUUUCAUUUUUAAUAAGUAUUUAUGGGUUUUUAUGCACAUUUUCACAACUUACUAUUUGCAUUGGGAACAAGUUCAGACUUUUAGAUUGUGAUGGAUAUAGUGUAUAGUUAAACACACCUGACCCUUUGUAACUGCAGAGCACUUGAGGUUCACUAUUCACUGUGCUGUCUACUGUGAGACGUUUUCAAGUUGCCUUCUAUAGCUUUAUGUGCUCUGUGUGAAAUCCUACUGAAUCCUGCAGAAAGCACCAGUAACAUUUAAAUGUAAAUAAUAAUGCAAUUGGGUAAUUAUAGGAUUUUCAAUAAACAACAAUAAAAUGAUUAUACAAUCAUGGUGACUAAAUCCUCAAGCAGGUUUCAGCCUAAUCUCUAUCUUAUCUAUUUAUGAUAUUUUCCUCAUACAGGGGAAUGUGACAAAAUGAUGUGGUUAUUCCACACCUGCUUUAUAUUCAGUAAAUAGAGAUUAGGUUCAAGUGUUUAUUCAAGAAAAUACAUUUUCAGCUAUCAUGUCUAGAAAACUAUGGUUUGAUAAACAUUUACUUUAUUACUGCUGUGAUUUGGUUAACUGUAAAAUUUUGGAAUGUAUCUGUCAUUUUGAUUAAAUGUGACUGCUUCAUUAUUACUACUACCAAGUGAAAUUCAAGCUUUGUGUAUUUUUCUGUUCCAGAUUUGUUUUGAAGUGAAAUCGUUUGUCAGUAAUGUGAGAAAAAUCUAAAUUUUCUCUACAUUUGGUGAAUCUUUUAAAGUGAAGUGUGUGCUAAAGCCUUGUUAGUACAGUUUGCCGUUGUCAAACUGCUUAUCAAACUGUUGUCGAAUUGCUGUGUGUGCUUGCACAUAAUCAAAAAUUACUGUUAAAAUAAAAGAUUACUCAUGUUUACCAAAAA